AUGGGGGCUAGGUCUGCGGAAUAUUUCAGCGUCGAUCGUCUGGUUUUCGGGCAGCAGUUCCUACCACAACAUUCCUUGCGAGCCCUAGAAGCAGCAGAGCAUAUCCCCUUGGUUUUGAAGAACGACGAAAAAAAUAUCAACAUUUUGUUUCGACAAUGUGAUAGUGGGACUACGCAGCCUCAAACCCCCUCCCCGUGUUCAAGACAGCGAGGAUUCACCCCGCAACUUCUCAAUAUCGUCUGUGAUGGCUCUAUUGCUGAACCUGUUCGCCAGGCGGCUGUCAUUUAUUUUAAGAAUGCAGUUGUGCGCUUGUGGGAGGUUGAUGAGGAAGCUGGUGAGAAAUCUGGGAACCUAGAUGUUUGUUUGGCAGACAAUGACAAAGCAUUGAUAAAAGAGGGUAUUCUUGACGCUGUUUGUGCUGCAAGCGAAUCGUUAAGAACUCAGUUGUGCAUUGCGGUUCAGCAGAUUAUUCGGAUGGAUUUUCCUGACAGAUGGCCUCAAUUCAUAGCGCAGCUUACGACGAAGCUCUCAAAUCCACCAGAUGCGUCUGUGUUGUCUGCUGGCCUCCUGAUGCUUUAUCGACUUUCCAAAGUUUACGAGUUCAAAAGAAACAAAGAUAGGGAUGAUAUCGCGGGACCUAUUUCUAAGCUCGAACCUUUCGUGUACUAUCAUUGUAAUCAGUUGCUGAAUAAUCAGUCUGCUGGGUCUGUUCUCAUCCAAAGUCAGGGCUUAAAGAUUAUCUAUGUUCUGACUCAAUUUUCUAUCCAUUUUGAAAUGCUUGCUGUACCUCGUCUUGAUGUAUGGAUCAAAUUUUCUAUUGAUGUUCUUAUGCGGGAGUGUCCUCAAGAGCUCAGUUCACUCGAAGAUAAGGAUGAGCGAGCACACACUGUUUGGUGGAAGUGCAAGAAAUGGGCAGCGAAGAUUUUGGAUAGGAUUUUCGAUAGAUACGGCUCUCCCAAUCAAGUUGAGAAGCAGUACGCUGCAUUUGCCAACCACUUUUUGGUGAACUGGUCUCGACCUGCGCUGGCGGCGAUGUUGAUGAUACUGAACGCUCAUCGCAAUGGAAUCUUUGUCUCGGACAGAGUACUAUUCCUCGCUCUAUCUUUCACGAACACUGCAGUGGCUCAUUCUCAUUGUUGGCGAACCAUGAAACCUCAUGCAUUGGAGUUGAUUAAGACAGUUCUGUUUCACUUGAUGUCAUACACUAAAGCAGAUGAAGAGAUGUGGGAAGACAAUGCAGCGGAAUUUGUUCGAUUCAAAUUCGACAUCUUCGAAGAUUUACAUAACCCAGCAGCUGGUGCUGGAGCACUCUUGCGUGGGUUAGCUAAACGCAAGGAUAUUGUCCAACCAGUUCUUUCUUUUGCUGUACAGGUAUUACAACAAUCUAGUAACUCAUACGAGGUUGAAGGGGCUCUACGCAUGAUUGGAGAACUCAAUCAGCACUUAACAAAAAGCAAGAAAUACAAGAAGGAUGUGGAACGCAUGCUUGAUGCUUUGGUUAUCAGCCGUUUACACGACCCUUCGAAGUUCAUUAGAGCUCGUGCUGCGUGGUGCUUGAAGGAGUACAGCGAUACAUUCUUCCAUACAAAGUCCAUUAUUGUCAAGGCAAUUGAUGGUCUAAUUCAAAUAAUGUGCGAUCCUAACGAGGAAUUGCCUGUGAAGGUGGAAUCGGCUCUUGCAAUUCAGAGUUUUCUCGAAGACCAGGAGAGAGCUCAUGCACUUACAAAACCACAUGUUCGUUCACUGGUUCUCCAAAUCCUUGAUAUUGUUUCGAAAGCUCAAAUUGAUGAAGUGAUUGGUGUCGUUGAUGAAUUGCUGGAACAAUUUGUUGAAGAGGUCAUCCCUGUAGCUGCCGAAGUAGCUGAACAUCUGGUCUUCCUUCACCAUCUCCGUCCAAAACUUUCUCUUUACGUCCGGGUGGCUUUUGCCAGUUUUGGUCUAGGAGUAUCCUCAAGGCAACUUGGGCAAGGCGAUCCGAUGAAUGACUCCUUAUAA